AUGGCCUGGUCGAUUUUAUAUUCCCUUGUUUUUGCGCAGUUGGUGUUUCUCGCAAAGUGCAAGCAUAAUGUGAAUUUGCUCCGGAGAACUGGCAUUUCAAUUGCGCACGAUGGCGAGGUUGAGCUGCCGAAGAAACACCAUCGCCAUCAAGCCAAACAUAUAGGGAACAACCAUGUGAAGAAACUGAAGAAGCACCAUACUGUGAGCCAGCUCAAAGUUAACGAGAUCAAGGAGAUCCCCAAUUGCAGGGUGGAGUAUACUUGCGAUGCUCACAGAACACGGUCCUUUGGAGACUAUGCGCGGAAACACAUUGCCGUCUACACUUACAACAUUGGCUCUUACGAAGGUGGCAUGAGGAAUGAGGAUGUACCAUGUGUCCCGAGCAAUGUGGAUGCUUUUUUAUUUCUUGAUGAUGACACAAAGCAGCGCUCGGACUCCAAUGCCUUGAACCUGUGGAAGAAGCAGGGCUGGCAAGUCAAGUCCAUUUCCUUACAGGCUGGCAGCGAGUUUGUCACCGGCGCACGGCUGACAUCGAAAUUGCUAAAGUUCACUCCUCCGACGUGGCUUGUGAAUGGUGAAUGGGAAUGGCUGGUUGAAUUUGACGGCAACGUGGUCUUGGAUUUGCACACACUGGGUUCUUUCCUGGACAAAUAUGUGUCGAAACCGCUGCUAUUGCUGGAUUGGAGCUAUCAUGAAGACUGUGGAGAUGACGGGUUUCAGUGCUUCAGCAGAGAGCUGAAUGAUAUGCUGCGCACGCGUCGCAAAUACAUCGAAGAUUCCAAGGAGAAUAUUGAAGCAUGGGAGCGCAAGCUGGCCAAGGAGCAUGAAGGGAUUUCUGGAACAAGGAAGUAUACACCUCCCUACUACUAUGAGACUCGUAUCAUUCUCCGAAACCUUGAACACGAGAGGUCCAGUGAGGUGACCCAGGCCUUCAGGAAGACCUAUGAAAAAUGUCAUGAGAUCCAAAGAGACCAGUUUCUAGUGCCAUAUUUCCUUUGGCAUGCCAACUUGAGCUUUGACACUGAAGCAUUACCAAUGAGAUACCUGGCUGAUUCAGUUGGUAUGUGCAUGGUGGGAACGCGGGUUGGACGCAACUAA